AUGGCUGCAGUGAGAUUACGAAAGGCGUUUCGAUACCCUGAGGAAUCAGAGGGUGAGCGAGAGGAGUUGGAUGAAGAAGAACAAGAACGGGUCAUCGAGGAAUUGCAGAGACAGAAUGAUGCCCGCAAUGCCCAGUACAGUAUGAUUUUUACGACACUUCCACUGUUGGCUGCUACGAUAUUUGUGCCUUCGGUGCUGUCAGCCUCCAGUCAGGCUGAACGAUUGUUUUCGCUCCUAGGCCUUGUCUCGUUGUUGACAACGGCUUACAUUAUGAAAUGCUCUCCUCUACAGCCCGAUCACAAGGGGAAGAAACCCAUGACCUCCCACACGGAACUCAUGCUUGCAGUGAUUCUGCUUGCUCAAAAGGUCAUGCUCUCUGUUGACCUUGCAUCCCUCAAGGAUCUCCAGUACGAGUACAAAGGUGCCUAA